GGCUGAUAUUUAAACUCUAAAAUGUGAAGUAAAUGCGCACUGUACUGUGAGAGUGUAGGCAGUUAUAUUCAUAUAAAGUUAAACGGCCAAUACGAACAACUGGUGUUUAGACUGAAUUGAAUAUGUGAGUCACAAACACUAGUUUUUGUGUUAAAAUACGACUCAUAUUUAUUGGGAAAGACGAAACCGGAAGUAGAAAGAUUGUUUAUCUUGUUUCUUUGAGUGAAUUCUGGCUCCUCUUUGGUGAUUGGUCAGAUGAUUAUUCGUCACGUUGAUGACGUAUAAAGCACUUCCUGGUUUGCGCAGAACCACAUGUGUAGUGCAUUUGUUUUUACUUUGUUUUGGCGCAGGUACACAUUAUUACUGUACGACGUUAGCGGGGAGUUUAGUUAAUAAAUAUCCAUCUAAAGCGGAUGUGUAAUCGGGCACAGCCACCACAUUAAGAGCAUCUUUCCGCUCGAGGUUUCAAGCGGAACUACAUUAUUUCUAUCACUUGCCAAUGAAGACCUCCACUACUUUGUUCGCUUACUUUUGCUGGGCUACAUUAUGACAGGUGUGCACAAUUCUCUGACUGGGACUCAAUCUGCCGUUGAGUCUCAGUCAGAGUCACGCCACAUUGUCCUGGAUGCAUCACCGCCAGACUAUGUGCAGAAGAUAUCGCGGAAUCUUGAGUCUUCUGUGGGACAUGAUAAAGUGUCUAAUACACCUGCUGAAGAAGACAGUGACUCAGGAGACAGUCUGUUUAUAACUCAGAAGCCAGUACCUGAGGCUGUGAGGUCAAAAAGGCGACGUCCCUACAGCUUAAGUUCAAAGUCUGCAUCUCCCAUAGCGCUAGAGGAAAGUGAAUAUGAAAGUGAAAACGACAGUUUAAAUUCUGCACCCCAUGGAGAAUCCAAAACGACCAAAGAGAGGAGGAGAAAGACGUACACAGUGCCAAAAUACCAUUUCCCUUUCCUCGCAGACCGGAAGUGUAAGCGCAGAAGAACAUUACCUGUCCAGAACUCAAGCCUACAUAAAUAUGUAAUGGGAGGCUUCUUUAAAUGUGUGAAAGAGCUGUGGCAGGGCUAUGGAAGAGAGGAUAUGAAGCCAUCUUUACCAACAGUUGACACAGAUGAGGAAAACAUAUCUCCAUUGUCAGAAGAAGAUGAAGAAAGGUCAGAAGGUGAAGACAUCAGAGUGGUGGAGAGGAAAUGUUUUCUGGCACCAUCAAGAGCAAAGAGCCAACCGACCUGGGGCAACCAGGUAACACAACAGAGGAUAAAGAAAGCUAGUAAUGCCAAAGAAGAGACACCACAGGGAAAACAAACAAAGACAUUGUAUAAAGGACCAGUAAAUGCAUCCAAACUUAAAGACAAACCAAUGUCUUCAAGCAAGGAUGGACAUGCAACUAGUGACAGAAAUGUUCAGGCCAGAACUGAAACAACGAAGACAAACAAACAAAUCAAUCUUUUGCUCCAAAAAGCAGUUGAGGAAGAGCUGUGUAACGACAAUGAUGCUGCUGUUUGUGAGCCAGGUAAGCUACAGACAAAGGAAUCCACACAAAGGGGCACAGAAGCAUCCACAACUCUAACAGAGACACAAGCUGAUGUUGUCCACACUGACGAUCUGGUCCAGACAGGACAGACAGGAAACGUACCUGCACGCAAAUAUUUCCUCCACAGUCUCCCAGACCUUUUAAGUGACACGGAUGAUGACGGGGUAUGCAAUGAAACUGUGGUAGAAAAGAAAAAAGACAAAGAUCAUGAAAGUGUAGAAGAAGGAAAGGGCCAGAGUCAGAAGGAGCAGGAGGCUGCAACAUCUGUGAAUGUGGAAGUAGAAGAGACUCCGACUUUUUCUGAAGAUAAGGGGGUGGAGCCUCCAGCACUGCAGACCAGUGAUGAGCUGGGAUUUAAUGAUAAAAAAUGGACGGAGAGCUCUUCCCUUGAUGAUAAACCACUGGUGAGACAGGAGGAGACACACACUGCCGGUUCAAAACAAAAGAAAAAGAAGAGAAAAAAGAAUAAGUCAGAAACAGAAGAUGUUGGAGAGGAAGUGGAUGGAAACCUAGAAUCUGAUGUGAGAGUAGAGGAUUCGCUGUUAUCAGUGAGCUUAAACAUGGAGGAAUGUGGCAAAAAAACUCAAACUGAUGUUGUCCACGCUGACGAUUUCGUCCAGACAGGACAGACAGGAGACGUACCUGCACGCAAAUAUUUCACCCAAAGUCUCCCAGACCUUUUAAGUGACACGGAUGAUGACGGGGUAUGCAAUGAAACUGUGGUAGAAAAGAAAAAAGACAAAGAUCAUGAAAGUGUAGAAGAAGAAAAGGGCCAGAGUCAGAAGGAGCAGGAGGCUGCGACAUCUGUGAAUGUGGAAGUAGAAGAGACUCAGACUUUUUCUGAGGAUAAUGGGAUGGAGCCUCCAGCAGUGCAGACCAGUGAUGAGCUGGGAUUUAAUGAUAAAAAAGGAAUGGAGAACCUGUCCCUUGAUAAUAACAAAACAAAAGAAAAGAAAAAGAAGAGAAAAAAGAAUAAGUCAGAAACAGAAGAUGUUGGAGAGGAAGUGAAUAGAAACCUAGAAUCUGAUGUGAGAGUAGAGGAUUCGCUGUUAGCAGUGAGCCUUAAUGUGGAGGAAUGUGGCAAAGGGGAGGAGAAGGAAAAGAAGAGGAAAGAAAGUGGUGGAGAUGUUGAGCAGUUGCAGUCCGAUUAUGCCGAGAUGCAAAAGAAAAAGAGGAAAAAAGAAGAGGAGAUUGUAAUUGGAGGAAAUUGUGAGAAAGAUCAGGCAACAAAUGGAACUUUAGAUUUGACAUCAGUGUCAGUAGAACAGUUGGCAGAAUCUGGAAAUUGUUUAGAAAAUACUGCAGCUUCUCAAGACUCAUUUGAAUCCAGUCAUGUCAAAAGGAAAAAGCACAAAAAGAAGCGACAGUCAUCCUCUGUAGACGAUGCUCAAGAAGGAGUAGAGAAUGUAGAUGUGGAAUUUUGUCUCGAUGGUUCUGUAACCAUGGCUAAGGGCUCGGGAACGUCACGGAAAAAGAAGAAGAAGAAGAAGAAUACAAUCUUUGAGGGGGUUGAUGCGUCUUCCGUUCCUGAAGAAAAUGAAAAGGUUGAAAACCGAGAUCAUACACAGAUAACAAAGGAGGACCUUGAAGACCAAAAUGCUGAACCGGUGUCUAAGAAAAAGAAGAAGAAAAAGAAAAUGAGUGAUAUAUUUAGCACAAAUGUAUCUGAAGACAAAGAGACACAGAAUGAUGAUUCAGUGUCUGUGCGGGAAAGGGAAAAGAAGAGGAGCUCAUCCUUCCUGGUUGCUGAUGCAAAGGAAAAGGAUGCUGAGACACAUGGGGAACAAAUCCGUCCCUUACAGCCUUAUGUCUGGGGGGCAGAAAAACAUGGUGUCAGCACUGGUGAUUUAAAGGAACUUAAAGAUGGGGUCACGAAGAAGAAAAAGAAGAGGAAGAUGUCUGUUGCGCAGGACAGUAUGGAAAACGAUUGUGCGCAGGAUUUGGAAGAACCAAACAAAACAUGUCAGAGGGCUUCGCCUGAAAAAACCACUGACACAGGGCUGAAAAGGAAAAAGAAACGUAAAGGAAAUGAAAGUGUGUCUAAGACUCCUAUGGAAAGAGUGGAAAGUGCAGCUGAUGUGGGACUUUCUCCAACUGAUGAGCCUGUAGUGUUGAAAAAGAAGAAGAAAAGGAGUAAAGAUAAGCCAUGCGAUGUGAUACAAGAGGGUCUAUCAACUGCCACUGAAGAAUCUACACUGAAUACCUUUGGCUCAGUUUCGCACAAGAAGAAAGGCAAACAUGGUCGUAGUGCUGAAAUAUGUAAAGACAGCAGUACUUCUGAAUUAGGGACCGUGGAUAACAUGGUUGAACAUGCUUCAGUAUCUUUAAACACACUUGAAAAUCAAGAAUUAUAUGACAAAAGAGACAAGAAAAAGAAGAAGAAAAAAUCAACGGAUGAUGUUUUGCUUGAUGGAAAUUCAAUCACCAAGUCUGCUGAGUUGGAGCUCAAAGAAAACAAAAAGGGAAAAAAGCAAUCAGCUGACCCUGGUACCACAUUCAGCAGCCCUAUAUCAGAAACUUCACCCUCAAAAAUCAAAAUGUCAUCUUCAGAAAAGAACAAGCACAAAAAGGUCAAGAGGAGACUUCAUAACCGAAGUGAGGACUUCCUUUUAGAAUGUUAGUGUGAGCUCUCCGAAUGGACAAAGGAUUGCUUACAAUUAUGAACAAACAAAAUAAUUGCAGCUCCAGCCAACAUGAUGUCUGUCUUUUAAGAUGGUGAACUUGAAAUAUGACAAUUAUAUAUUUUUUUAUUUUGUUUUGUAUCAAAAUAUUUUACUGAUACAGUUCUCAACCUUUUUUUAGUCUUGAGAUAUUACAUUAUUUGGAGGAAAAACAUCAAUUUUGUAAAUUAAAACUCCAAAAACUAAA